AGCACAAGCUCACAGUACCAGCUUCCGUACAGGAACUGAAAGAGAAGACUUCUUAAGCAGUGUAUGUGUAAAAACGCCACCUACCAGUAACUCUCCACUUGGUUAGUGUUGUAACCUGGAGGAGGAGAAGUAAGAAACCCAGGAUUGACAGCCUUGAAGAGGCAGGAGGAGCAGGACUGGUCUGGAACAGGAGCUGGUUUCAGUAGCAGCGGUCAUCAUAUGCCUGUUGAUCGUUUGACAAGUCUGCAGCUACGAAUUCCUUAAUCUAGAAGAUGAGCUGAGAUGGCAGAGAACUUUCUUGGACAGGCGUCCUCUGGGAAAAGGCUGACACACUUGGAUUUGGUCAUAUCAGUAUGCAGGACGUCACAUUCCCCGCUAGAGGGCGGGCUAGAACACUUUGCACGAACACAGACGCGUUAGUGCAGAAAGACGGGCUUCAAUAAAACAUAUCAAUGUCUGUUUAUAUGUACAAUUAACAAUAUAAAUUAUUUAAAAAAAUACGUACAUCGUUGUGUCCCCCACAUUAGUGAGACAAUAACACGACGUUUUUAUUUCAUUUUUUACACUAAUAUUUGGUUCAAAAAUUGGAUUUUGUAAGCUUACAAUAUAAUUGCAGGGAAAGAAAAUGACAACGUUUUUCAAUUGCUGCUUUAAAAGAAACAGGGGAAGUAGGUUACGAUUUCUAAAAAUCCGAUAUUAAAAACAAUAAUCACAAAAUAUGGGGCUCAGCUCUCUACCACCAAACGUCUGUGACAACGGUGGGACUGAGAGUGAUGUAGUGGCCUAGCUGCCCACCGUGCUUACACAGCAAGGGGAGUGAAACAGCGCCGUGCUUAUUGGAGAAGCUCAGCACAACUCCGAGUGUGUUACCUUUAGCCAUGUAGUACGAGAACACUCGUCUUUCGACUGACGGUGUCAUUACAGACAUGGAUGUACGCUUAAUAAAACAUUGUUGACGUGAAUAGGGCUUGAUGCCGAACGAGAAUGACAGGGACCGGUAACCAAGGAACUGGAGUCAGGUACAGUAGCCUACGCAACAAGACGACGGAAUUACUUCAGGAACAAAAGAACAACGGGGCUAAACGACAAACAGCGAAUAUCGCAGAACUCAAAGUGAAAUGGUAUGUAGUGUAAAAUCAAAUAAAGUCGAAUGGAAACAAAAACAGCCCAAGGAACUGUCAACACUAUGUUGGGAAUAAAAGAACGGAGACACUCGCUCACGCAGAGAGACACGGUCAUACACAGAAACAUCUUGCACUUGGAUAUGGAUAUAUAAUUACGACAAAACAGUGAGACGACCAACGCCACUGGAUCUAGGGUCAAGUCUAACUGCACAUUUUGUUCAUCUGCGGGUGCUAGAACUUGACGGAGCACUUCUUCUCUCUCGUUCAAGCCGAGGCUCUGUUGGAGUGGUAUUUCGGCGGCUCCCCGUUGUCUGCAGCUCUUUCGCUCCAUAAUGGAGAAAUACGAAAAACUCGCGAAAAUCGGAGAGGGCUCCUACGGCGUGGUGUUCAAGUGCCGCCACAAAGAGACGGGGCAGAUUGUCGCCAUAAAGAAGUUUGUGGAGUCGGAGGACGACCCGGUCAUUAAGAAAAUAGCGAUGAGAGAAAUCCGCAUGCUGAAGCAGCUGAAACACAUCAACCUGGUCAACCUGCUGGAGGUGUUCAGGAGGAAGAGGCGACUGCACCUGGUCUUUGAGUUCUGUGAGCAGACCGUCCUCAAUGAGCUGGACCGCCACCCGCGAGGGGUUCCAGAGGCUCUGCUGAAGAGCAUUGUGUGGCAAACCUUGCAGGCUGUCAACUUCUGCCACCUGCACAGCUGCAUCCACCGGGAUGUGAAACCAGAGAACAUCCUCCUGACUAAGAGCGGCGUAAUCAAGCUGUGUGACUUCGGCUUUGCCCGCAUCCUCACCGGCCCGGGCGAUGACUACACGGAUUACGUGGCGACGCGCUGGUACCGGGCCCCGGAGCUGCUGGUGGGGGACACGCAGUAUGGGCCCCCGGUGGACGUCUGGGCCCUGGGCUGCGUGUUCGCUGAACUGCUCCAUGGCAACCCCCUCUGGCCCGGCCGGUCCGACGUGGACCAGCUGUACCUCAUACGCAGGACACUAGGUGACCUGAUCCCUCGGCAUCAGCAGGUGUUCCGCUCCAACGUUUUCUUCAACGGAGUCAGCAUCCCGGAGCCAGACACCAGGGAGCCGUUGGAGAAGAGAUUCCACAAUGCUUCUCCCCAGGCCCUAACCUUUCUGAAGUCGUGCCUGGUGAUGGAUCCCUCCCUGAGGCUGUCCUGCGAGGAGCUUCUGGCCCUGCCCUACUUCCAGGAGACGGCGGGGAGGCGGAGACGAAGGCAGCCUGGGGCGCAGUACUUGCCCCAGUUGCCAGGCAACAACGUCUCCCCUGCACCUGAAGGCAAGAAGCAGGUCAAGCACAAAUAUGACCAUCACCUGCCCAACAUCUAGAGAGAGAGGGGGGGGGGGG